AUGGCCGCUGCAUCCAGCACCACAGGGGUUGUCCUGGAAGAUGGCCACUUGUCUCAUCUGCUUCACAGCAGUCUUCUCCGCCACAUUUGGAGCGUGUGUGGUCAUGCUACAACAGCCAAAUGCGGAUGCUUUCUGUGCGAGGCUUACUUCAAAGUAUUGUAUGUCUAG